UAUAUAUAUGUAUAUAUACGUGUGUAUACACACCCACACAUACACAUACAUAUAUAUACACGUAACAAUAUAAGGAUUCAAUGCGUUGCACUAAAACUUAAUUUUUAAUUAUGUAAUAGUUAUAUUUAUUUUUUAAUUUUGUAACUUAUUAGAAUGGAGAAUUUGAAACAAAUUAUAAAUGAAGUCAAACGUUCUUUAAAUGAAAGGAAAUCUUCGAAGAUAAUAUAAUUUAAUCAGUAGGAUCUAUAUCCUUUAAUUAGUUCGCUCAAAUAUCACAGCCAUUUAUUUCACGCGAUAUAUGUAAUUUAGUUCAUAAAAAAAGUCAUUAUUGAUUAUUUUAUUCAAUGUAUUUUAUGGAUUUAAUUUUAAAUAAAUGAUCGUUGCUAUUGUAAUACACAAUCGUUACAUAGUAAUAUAUACACGUGUGUGUGUGCGUGCGUGUGUGUGUGUUAUACAUAUUAUAUAUAUACACACAUAUGUAUAUAUAUAUAUAUAUGCGUGUAAACAUGGCGGCAUUACGAGCGAGACUCCUUACUGUUGUGAAUACAUUUUCUUCUUUUACUCAGAAACAAUCAUUGAAUCUUAAGAACCAUGUAUCAAUAGUGCACGCAACGAUGGGAAGAACUUAUUCAGCGAAAACAAGUGAAGAUAUCGAGGAAAGGAAGGUCAAUGUCGAUGGGUCUAAUAUUAACUAUGUCAGAGUUGGCGUUGGCAAUCAUCCUGUUCUUUUAUUACCUGGUGCCCUAGGAACUGCCUGGACUGACUUUAAACCUCAACUAGAAAAUCUUGAUAAAAAUAAAUUGACUAUAGUAGCAUGGGAUCCACCUGGAUAUGGAAAAUCGAGACCACCGAACAGAAUAUAUUCAGAUGACUUUUUUCAACGUGAUGCCGAUUAUGCUUUUAAUUUAAUGAAAAUUCUAGGCUAUAAGAAAUUCUCUUUGAUUGGAUGGAGCGAUGGUGGUAUCACGUCUCUUAUACUUGCUGCCAAAAAUCCUGAUAGCAUUCGUAAGAUGAUCGUAUUUGGUACGAAUGCUUACGUUAUUCCCGAAGAACUCGAAAUUUAUAAAAGCAUUAGAAACAUCGACACGUGGUCGGAGAAAAUGAAACAACCAUUGCUCAAUAUUUAUGGGGAAGAGUAUUUUAGAAAUACUUGGUCCGAUUGGGUAGAUACCAUGGAAAGAAUAUAUAAAAAAAACAAAGGUGAUCUGUGUAAAAACGAUUUGGCUAAAAUAAAAUGUCCUACUUUAAUCAUACAUGGAGCUAAAGAUGUAAUUGUAAAACCAGAACAUCCAGUUUAUUUAAAAGAUCAUAUAAAAAAUUCCGAGAUGACAAUAUUUGAAAAAGGAGCUCAUAAUUUACACUUAAGAUAUCAAGAGGAAUUUAAUGCAUUGGCUAUGAAGUUCUUGACAGAAGACUAAAAUGUUUCUCAACCUCGUUAUUUUCUUAAUAACGGAGACACGAAAUCUUCGUCCUACGUAAAGAGAGUCGUUCAAAAACAUUUAUCUCAUUUAAGAACGUAAAAUCAUAACCGGAUCGUUAAACGUCAUCGAGUAAGAAAGGCAUAGAACUCGAAAUCGUUUUUGGUUGUGGCUCACCGAAAGAGGCUUAACGUUUCCUUUGCCCACGCUGUAUCGCGAUUCUCCUUUCUCUGCUUGCGUUCUCGUGCCGGUUAUCCCACGUACGUCCUCCGUGCCAGGUCAUACGAUCGACGUGCCCGAUCGUGGCGAACCCACUAGCUAGAGUGGUGCCUUUUAAAAAACAUAAAUCAAGUGUCACGUAUUGAAUUUUCUCCUCUUCUAUGGCACCUCUUUUAUGCUUUAAGACGUUCGAACGAAUAAGAGUUUCUAGCUUACCAUCGAUCAAUACUCCAUAAUUAAGAAUCUCUCUUAGUCCGUCAGCAUUUUCUUUUUUUAGUCGAACGAAGAGGUUUUUUUUUGAAGCUCUUAGAUAUUGUCUAUAUUUCGUAAUUGUCUAGUUUUACCGAGAAGAGAUUAUAGUCGUCUAACGUGAAAAGUCAAAGGGCAUGUUGAUUAGAUCGUUUAAUCGAUCGUCUUAAACUACUUUCCAUUUCGAUUGUGAGACUAACUAGAUUAUUAUUACGGUAACAAGCUGUCGUAAGUAUUGUCGGGAAGUGUCGCUUAUAUAAUGCCAAGGCUAUGUAGUCAUUUGAUGAAGGUGAUUUUUAUAAAGGCAUUUUUGCCUACGAGCUUCAUGAAGCAUCAUUUAAUUAUAAUAUAAAAAAAUUAUGAUAUAAAAGAAUGGUUAUAUACGAUAUAUUUUUAUACAUUUCACAUAUAUUCUUUUGUAUUUUUAUUUUAUAAUGUCUUCGUAGUUUAAAUGGAAGAAGAAUCAAUACGAUAUGAGCAUUAGAUAGUGGACACGUACGAUCGUAGAUCUGACAUCCGUCCUCUACUUUGCCACUAGCAUAACAAGCAACUUCUAAUCUGCAUAUCAAUCAUGCACCAUACUGUUGAUUGCUUGAUACGUCACAACGAGAUUCUCAAUCUAUUGACAUAAACGUAUCUUUGAUAUUAUUUCGGAUAACAUUGAUUUCUUCGUACAAGUGACCUUCUGUCUGAACAUCAAUAUUUAUUUUUUUUAUAUACGAACUUCUUUAAUUGAUUCGUUGUGCUUAUGUAGAUACAUUUCCUUACUGUAAUAGAAAAACAGUCGACUAUGUCACUUGCGAGGUUGCAGUUGAUGAGAGAGAGAAAGAGACAAAGAGAGAGUCCAACGAAUUCAACGAGCUAAUAACGAAGUUCCUCUCGGGGCAGUCAUAGAUCCACUAAUAGCUAUUUUCGUCGCAUGAAUAACAGUAAGUUUAAAGCAAUACAAUAAUUUUAAUGGAUUUUAUAGAAUAUAUACAAUAAUUUACAAAAUAUUAUAUACAAUAAUUUUAUAGGUUUUAUAGAAUAUUUUUUAUAAUAUAUACACAUACGAUAUAUAUAUAUAUAAAACAUUUAUUAUAUACAUACCUGUUAUAUUAUACUUAUACAAUACAUGUUAUAUUUAUAACA